CUCGUACACAACUUUUACAGCGACAUCAAAAAUACGAAUACCGGAAGGAGCGCCGCAUGAUCUAUCUUUAUUUUCGCCCUAUUUAUUGUUGCCACGGGCACGGCUUCACAUAUUGAUAUUUUUGAUGGUAGAAACAAAACCCCAGCACAAGCAAACACGCGUAGGUCGUACUUUCUAGUCCACAUCAACAGCAGCUUCCGCACGACGACCUACUAGAACUAGAAUCAAAUCAAUCAUGACCGCGACGACCGGAAACUGGUGAAGAUUCUUCAACCAGUCAUUCUCAUUUAUCAAUAAAUUCCGCAAAAUAAUCCGAUGCUCGCCAGAACAAGUGGAUCCUAGCUAAGAAGACCACAAGGACAAGCAGCACCCGUGUCGCGAGUAGAGGACCAGCAGCACUAGCAAUUUCAAUUUCUUUUCAAACCAGGCGAGGGCGACACAAUAAUAACACCUUCACCGUUCUCGAUAUCAAAAUGAACGCUCCGGGCGAAGAUUCCUCUGAGUACGACUCCGAUUCCGUCAGCGCUGGGGAAGUAGAAAAGAAGGAACAACAAGCGGGGACGAAAAAGGAAUCCUCCUCUUCCUCGCCAGCGUCAUCCCCGAAACAGAAGAGCUUGAAGCGGGCCCAGCCAACAUAUGAAAGGGGACAAGAAGAAAUCAAUGUCUCUGCACCAACUCAUCUGCGUGUAGUUGAUGUCGCGGCCAGAAGGAGAGCAAUACAAAAGUUAUAAGUUUGAGUUUCUAUUUUGAUGUGAUCAUGCAAAAUGCCAAUCACCAGAGGGCAUGAUAGUACCAGCAUCAUGUGGUCCUGCGAAUAAAUGUGCAUCUGCAUUAUAUAUAGCCUAUGAAAAAUUUAUAAUUAAGUCGCUGUCGUUCAACAAUCAUUCAGAGGACAACCAGGUCGUUGGGGCUGACAAGUUAUUCUUCUUGUCCACUUGCAUACAACAGGAGAGCGCCUCUUACCCGACGAGGACGAGGAGAAAGAAGGUCCAGAUGGAGCAGAAGCUGGCCAGGCAGUACAACCGGGCCAAGAUGAAGGCGAAAAUGAGAAGAACGACAACGCCGGGGGAGCCGCGGGUGGUCCCGCCUCUUCCCGCGCGAAUGGUUAUGCGCACGAAGACGAAAAGGACGAAAAGCAGAGAGAGCUGGAGCUCGAGGCGUACAAGAAGCGCAAGGUGCAGAAGGCUUCCGCUGCGGACUUGACGCGGACAGGCGGGACGUAUCUACCGCCGUUCAUGCGGGCGCGGCUGGAAAAACAGAUUGACGACGUGAACAGCCACGAGGGUCAAAGGAGGAGCUGGGAAGCGCUGAAGAAAAGUAUACGUUUUUGCUAUGCAAAUUCAAAUAGUUUUACUUCAUUUUCGACCAUUCAUUAUCUGCAUGACAUGACGAAGGAACAGUGUAAAUCUAUUGCACAGAUGAUUCUACUCUCCAAACUAUACUACAUCGCCUUCUUCCAGGUAUCAACGGCUUGGUCAACAAGGUGAACACCUCGAACAUAAAAAACAUCGCCUGCGAACUCUUUUUAUCCACUGUGCACAGUUGCAUUUGUCAGGGGGGCCGCGAGGGAAUUACAAUUAGAUUGAGAAUCCUUGCGGUCUUGAGAAACACGGAAGUUUGUGUUUCCUGGUAGAAGUUCUUGCUACACCCUGCCUGUCAUGAGAAUGAAGUUGACCACCUCGUCGUCCAGCACGUGACGUCCUCACGCUGCUUGGAAGGUGGAUAGUACUACACUUCAGCUUGUACUAGUUGACAGGAACAAGAUCUGUCAUGCUAGGCGGGAGUAAAGACGAGUUUUCGAAAUCGUAAGUGGACCUAAAUCUUUUGCUCAGUGCGCCACAUUGACGAAAACUUGGACCUUUUAUCAGAUGAACCGCAAGAAGAACGACCCUGACAUUUGUCAUGCAUUUUUCCCAUCCAUACGCCGGCGAGAACCUGAUGCGCGGAGAGGGGCUGUUUGCGCGAGCAAUCAUUCGAGCACAGAUGGCGAGUCCCGGGUAUUGAUUGUGCUAUUUCUGGUUUUUCUCGUCGAAAGGUUUUAUUUAUACAUCUUCUGCUCGAGUUCAUAGGUACAAUACGAUACAAAAAAAAUACAACGAAUCUUCCAGUCGUCGUGACAUUAUGGUGCAGACAUGCAAUGUUUUGUAGGUGUCACGCAAAUACGCACUUCUUCUUCGGAUUCUUUUCGCUGAAAGAGACAAGAUGCAGCAAUCAAAGCAGGCAGAUAAAAAUAAAAUUUUAAAAUUUCGCGGAUUCUGAAAUUGCAUAAAAAUAAAAUUUUGAAAAUUCGCGGAUUUUAGUGAUUGAUAAAAGCCAAAAUUUGCAAUUUUGCGAAUUUCGAAUGGAUGUCUUCGACGAUGUAAAAGGUUUUCAAACAAAUAAAAAUAAAAUUUUGAAAUUUCGCAGCUGGUAAAAGAUAAUUGAUUUUAUAAAAAGCGUCUAAUGGUGAAACAACUGCUGCGGCAUCCAUAUUCCCGUGCCGAGCAAGCUAGUGUAGGUGGAUCACCACACCGUCGUGUAUGAUGUUAUUCACGAGGGUAUGACAGCCCCUUCGUCCACAUACGUUGUCGGCCUCAACUUUUCCCUCCUUUAAAUGUCACUAUAUCGAUCGGGUAUAGGAUUAUGCACGACCGUAUCAAGUGCGCCCGAAAAGUUGUAAUUGUGUGUUGUAGCGAUAUCGAGAACUUAGACAACAUAAAAUCACGGAACCAGCACCGAUGACUCUUCAAACUUCAAAAACUGCAGGUUCACACACAUCUACGUGGCGCUACUCGCGGUGAUAAACAGCAAGCUGCCCCGAGUUAUGAAAAAGAAAAAAGGUCGUGGCGAUUGUGAUUGUGUGUGGCAGCAAAAGCGAAAGCUCGAGCUUGCAACAAUGUCGUGGAUAGAUGUUUCAACUCCAUUUAUUGCGUCUUUCAUAUGCAAGACGCGUGUUUGUAUGAUGAGAAGAUCUGCAUCUGCGAAAAGUGCUUGCAAGUUGACUUGGAAGUGGAAAGCGUGUCGUGCGAAGAUGAAAAUCGCCCGAGCAUUUGCAUCAGUGCAGACUUCCACUCAUGUUUACCGGUUUCAUAUUGUCAUGCGAGUGAGCAUCAUCAAGGAAGCGAAGCAAAUACAGAAACUAUUGUCACCUUCUUUUUCGUUUUCAUACUUCUCGGACGGCUGACUAUCACGCGGGUUAUUUUGCAGUUCCGCCGGGCCUACAAGCGAAACGACAAGAUCGUUGUCUCUGCGGUGUGCAAAUUCAUCGCCCACCUGGUGAACCAGUACAUUGUGUCCCAGACGGUGGCGUUGGAGGUCUGCCUGCUUUUCUUCGAGGACCUGACCAACGACUCGGUGGAACUUUGCUGCGCGCUGAUCCAAGACGUCGGCGCGUUUUUACUUGAGGAGGACCCAAAAGCGCUGGACUUCAUCAUGAACAAGCUGCGCAUCGUGCUGCAGGAGGGAAAAAUCGACGUGCGCGUGCAGUACAUUGUGGAGCAACUACUCAAGACGAGAAAGGACCGGUUCGACCAGUUUCCGCCCAUUAUCAAGGAGCUGGACCUGAUCGAGGACCUGGACCGAGUGCGACACGACGGAUUUCAGAUCGAUGACGUGACCUUGCGUGCCCAGGAAAUGCUCAACAUCUUUCAGAAGAAAGAACCGGCAGAGUACUGCUAUUGUCUUUAUUUUUAUCCCGUUCUUUAGUUGUUUAUUCCAAUCGUCCGGCUUGGUCUACUUCGACGAAGCAAUCAUAUCUUCCCCUCCUUAGUGAUAUUCCAGACUGAAGAGUUUGCGAUUUUGAUUCACACGUUGAUUGUAGAGCCACGGGGGAAAGAUAAAUAAAUCAAAAAGUUGUAGAGAAGAGACAAACUGUACAACUACGGAAAAAUCAAAAUCUGAUUUACAGCUUCGAAGAAGAGGAGAAGAACUGGAAGGACAUUAGCAAAGAGAUUCUCGGAGGUGACAGCGACAGCUCGUCGGGAUCGGAGUCGAGCUCCGAAGACUCCGAGGCCGAGAAAUCGGAGGAGCAGGUAUCGAAUGUAAAAAUGUCUGGGUCUGGAAGAAUGUGAACUUGUCAUGCAGGUUUUCCAUGACCCUUGAGGUGUGGACUGCGGGACCUAGCAUGACAGAGGCUGUGAGGUCUCUUUCGUGCCUAUUCUGCAUGAGAAACUGCCUUUAAACUUGUUCAAAAGUGGACCUCUUUUGGUAAUCAUGCAACACAGAUUUUUGCAUGAUUCGGAUUUACCAUGACAAGUUGCAAUCUUCCAGACCCAGACAUUUUUGCAAUCCAUAGCAGGUGACGGCAGACCAGCACCAGGAGAACCUGAUGAACCAGAACAACAUCAAGGACUUGACCGAGCAGGAUUUGUAUGAACUGCAAAAGCAUCGUACUAGUAUGAAUUGCAUUACAAAUUUCCUCAGCAUGAGAAAUAAAAUUUGUAAUGCGGAUUUAACUUGACAAAGAAAUUUGGAAUGCAUAAACGCAAUUACUACGAGUACGAUACUUUUGCACAGCAUAAUUUGGUGAACCUGCGCCGUACCAUCUACCUGACCAUCCAGAACGCGCUUGGGUUCGAGGAGUGCGUGCACAAGAUCAUGCGGCUGAAAAACGUGGACGGAUUGGAAUACAACAUUGCCCAGAUGGUGCUGGACGCCGCGGCCAUGGAAAAAACGUUUUCAGAGUUCCACGCAAAAGCGGCGGCGCGGCUGUGUGCCUUGCGGGAAGAAUAUAAGGCGGCGUACGAAAAACUUUUCGAGGAACAAUUUGAGACGGUAUAGUUAGUUUUACCUUGUGCAAAAGUAUCGUACUCGUAACUCUUGCUUUUAUUAUGCGUUACAAAUAUUUUUCUUAAAGGCAAAUCCGCACUGCAAAUUUAAUUUGUAAUGCUAAAUGCAAUUUGAAAUAUCCACCUAACCACAAACUUUAUAUCAGAUCCACAACCUGGAGACGCCAAAAGUCCGGUCGAUUGCCAAAUUCUUCGCCCUCCUCACCUACCACAACGCCAUCUCCUGGGGGAUCCUUGCGUACAUUGUUUUGACCCCCGAAGCGACCAAUUCUACCAUCCGAAUUUUCGUCAAGUACUUCCUGCUGGAUCUGUCGGAGAAUGUUGGCGUGCGGGAACUGUACAAGAAACUCCACUCCGGGGAGAUGUCGUUGAUCGUUGCGGGGAUCUUUCCCCGCGAUUCCAUGAACAACAUGCGGUUUUCCAUCAACUACUUCACCGCAAUUGGGCUUGGCGUUUUGGUAGAACCGUUGCGGGAGCACUUAACCAGGGUGCAGCAAGACGAGUACUCUGAGUAAAAACAUCUCCACCCCAGAGUUGUCAUGCAGAUUUGCCAUUGGAGGAACAUCUGUAAUGCGCACCCCCUUGAGAGGCAUUUCCAAUUUGUAAUGCUGUAAACAGGAUAAGCGGAUGGAUUUGUGAUGCGGUUGUCCUUGCUAACAUGCACUACACUACGGACUGCAACUUGUCAUGCGUGGCUGCCUAAACUUCUGGACUUGUGUUGCUAAGUUCCCAACUUGACUCUGGAGUGGGGACGUUUUCACAUAUGAUAACGAGCAGGAGAAAGCCAUGAAGCAGUUCGAGAUCGACAUGCACCAGUUAGACAGCGACGGAAACGAGUCGAGUUCGUCGAGUAGUUCAAGCUCCUCUUCUAUGAAGUGCAAAAAUGUCUGGGUCUGGAAACUUGUGAUGCUAAAAUGUGCAUGAUGAAAACAUUUCCGAACGCAGUCCGGCAUGACAACUUCCCAAAACGCUUUCUUAUAGGCAAUCCGCAUGAGAAACUGCGUUUUUGCAUGACAAAAGAGGGCGCGACUUUUGUUGAUUAUGCAAUACAGAUUUUCUAGGUAUGGAAAGCUAGCAUCACAAGUUCCAACCUUCCAGACCCAGACACUUUUACAAUCCAUAUCUUCCUCCAGCAGCAGCUCCUCCUCCGGGUCAGACUCCGACAGCAGCAGUAGCAGUAUCAAAAGAAAAAAUACCCCCACGACCCCGGGUGCUUCAAAAAUUUGUGAUGCAAAGUUUCCAAAUGAAAACUUUUUGUAUUGCAUGGAAGGACUAUGAAUCUAUCUGAUGCAGAAUUAUCUAGGCGAGUAAGGCGUCUUUUCCAUGACAGACCCGGCUGCUGCUGGGCUCUUGCGCAACACAAAUUUUAGCUGUUUCGCAUUGAAAAUUUGUGAUGCUGAUAUAUGCAAGACAGGGAAUGUUUCUAGUGGAAAGGUUUGCAAGACAAACUUGCCAAAUUCCGAGGUGGGGGCAUAAUUUUUCAUUGCGAUAAGCAGCUCCUCUAGUUCAUCCUCCAGUAGCAGCUCGAGUUCCGACUCCGGAGCUGCUAAGAAAAAGAAGAAACAAGCCGAAGCUGUGGCAAAGAAGGGGAAAAACAACAAGAAAGACGGUGGAAAAAAGAUGAAAAAGCCUAAAACUAGCAAGGGAAGCGACGACGCAGACGGCGGUGAGGACGCGGACAGCACAAAGGAACAUGCGGGGAAGAAGAACAGGAAGGCGAAGGAUAAGGCGGGUAGUAAGACUUCGAAAAAGGAAUUACAAGCAAAAAAGAAAAAGAAAACUACAUCCGCUUCCGGUGAAGAAGACGACCAAAAUGUUGAAAAGGAAUCCUCUGAACAACGGAAAGACGCUGAUGAUGAAAACCAAAACAGUCGUGGCCGCAGCAAGGAGAAGAAUGGCAAGAAGAAAAAAAACUCCGCAGCAGCAUCGAAGGAAAAUAACAAAGACCCCGCAGGGGGCGCGGGCGAAGGGAAGACGAAAAAGAAGAAAAAAGACAACCAGGACGACGAUGGUGAAAAUCAUGUGGACGAGAAAAAAAAAGGUAAAAAGAAGAACGGCGAUAAGAAGAAGAAGAAAACCACGUCGAAAGCAGAACUGAAUAAAACGGGUGCAGCUUCCAAGAAGAAGAGUAAGCAGAAUUCCUCGUUCGAGGUAGACUUGGACAAGGAUGAAGAGGACCUGGUUGCCAAGGACGAGAGACUAAAGAAAAAAGCGAAAGAGCUGGCCGAAAAGCGGCAAAGCGCCGCUGUGAACGUGAAAGUAGAAACCAACAUCAAACCGAAAAACACCGACGUGGGGCAGCUAAAAGUGCUGGCGAAAAUUCAGAAAGAGGCGAAGCAAAAGCAGUUGGAAAAGGAAAAAACGGAGAUGGAACAAAGAGCUGCAAAGAUGAACAAGACAGCAAAUUAUACGAAGAACCGGCGCAGCAGAAGUCGUAGCGUGGAUUCCCGACGCAGAGGUGCUCCUGCAAAGGGCCGCGCGGCGGCCGGAACUACAACCGGUAACAAAAACGGGACUACGAGGAGAAACGACUCCCGGUCACCUUCGCCGAAGAACGACAUCAAGCGGGGAGGUGGACGGGCAAAACCAACACGGCAGGACUCUCGGAAAAGAGGCGGCGCUGCAGCAGUGAAGAAACGAGGAGACACCAGUCGCGACAGGAAGCCCGUGAAACUCAAGUCCACAAGGGGGCAAAACGAUUCGCGAGAGCGGGGGGCCGGCGAAAAGAGGAAGAGCAUCGACCCUCGGGAUUUGCCCAAACCGCCGAAACGGAACAAGAACAGACGGGAAGUGGUCUCUGAUGCAUCUUCGCUUAGCCGGUGAUGAGGAACCACAUGGGAUACAUUUUUUAAUAUGUCGCGCUGGAUAACGUGGAUCAUCUUCGUAAAAGAAGUACAACAUACUGUAAGUAGUUCAUGUGCGACUUACAAUUCGAAUUCUUUAUCUUCGAAAAGAAAAAUGUCAACUAGUUUCACAACUUGACCUUGUUGGUGCUCCUGCUUUCCAGCUUGUUCAUCAAGUCUUGUCGGUGCAAAGACAGCACCUCUUGCACAUCAUAUAGAGGCACGCGGCCUACAACAUUUGCCACAUUUUUUGUAGCAAGUCCAAAAUGAUAAAAUUGAAUCUUUCACCAGGAUGACGACGUCGAGAACAAUUUGAUGAAAUUUGUCGGAGGAAUUUAUACCAUGUUGACCUCUUCUCAAAAAUCAUACGACUUGAUGAACAGGCACAAUUCUACGAACAGUACAACUUCACGAAAUUUUCUCAAAAUUAUGCGAAAAAGAUUCUUUCGUCCCACCUCAAACAAACAUAUGAGGGGGCACUGUGUGUAGUAGCUAUGUUGUUCUAUUUGUUGGCCGAUCCCAAUCUUAUGCUUCACGAUGACCAGGCAAAAACAUGAUCACCUUUUUGCGGCGCGGGAGUUAGUUCUACCUUCACCA